AUGAACUAUUUAUCGAAAAAAGCCAAACCCUUUUUUAAUCCUGCUAAAAAAAAGGCUGCUAAAGCACUCAAAGCGGGGCAAUAUGCAGAGGCAGUCGAAUAUUAUAAUGGACUUAUUGAUGGCAAUCCUGAUAGUAUCUCUAUGAGAUGUGAUCGUGGAGAAGCAUAUUUAUGUUUAAAUGAGUAUGAAAAGGCAAAAGAAGAUCUUGAUAUUUAUGUCAAUAGAAAAUCAGACGAUGAACGUGGAUAUUAUCUUAGAGGAAUUGUUCAUGAUAAAUUAAACCUUCGAGUAGAUGCGCUAAAUGAUUUAAAUAGAGCUCUCGGAAUUAAACCUGAUAGCCCUUUUGCUUAUGAAGCUUUAAAAAUUUGUGCAAAACAUAAUUAUGAACUUGGGAACCGUGAUAAAGCGUUUCAAGAACUUAAUUUAAUCUUACAGACUUCUACAUAUGAUACUUGGGCUUUGGAAACUCGGGGAAAAAUGUAUUAUGAAAAUAAACAAUAUCAAGAAGCGUUACAAGAUUUUAAUUCAUUUUUAGACAUUCAACCAGUUAGUAUUAAUAUCUUAGAAUUAAGAGGAAAUAUUUAUAGAAAGUUAGGCCUAUCUAACAAAGCUUUAACUGAUUAUAAUCAAGCAUUAAAAAUAAACCCAAAUGAUCCAAAUAUUUUAAUAAAUUGUUCAAAAACUUAUCUUGUUCAAAAACAAUACAGCGAUGCAUUAAGAGUUAUCGAAAAAUUUUUAUAUUAUGGUGGUGAACUUAAUGCUUCCGUGCUAAAAAAUCGUGGUUUGAUAUAUGCUGGUUUAUCACGUCAUAAUGAUGCUAUUACUGAUUUUACAAUGUCAUUGGAAAAGAAUGAGAAAGGAACAACGUAUAGGCAUCGUGCAAAGGUUUAUCAAGCUUUAAAACAGUAUAAAGAAGCACUAGCUGAUUUGAAUAAAGCUUUAAUACUUGAUGAUUCUGAUAAAGAAUCCUUAAUCAUGCGUAAUCAGGCAGAAAUUUACAAAGAGCAAAAGAAUUAUGAAAAAGCUAUUGAGGUUUUAGCAAAAGGGUUAGAAAAUGCUCCCGGAGAUACGAAUAUGCUUCAUUUGUUUGUGGUUAAAGGGGAUAUUCAUAGAUUGCGAAAAGAAUUUGCAGAAUCUCUAGAGAAUUUAAACAAUGCAUUAAGUUUAGAUCUUAAUGCUAUGGAAAUUGAUAGUGAUGAACCGAUAAUAAAUGAUGAUAAAAAAAAAUACAAUGCGCUCGCAUUAUGUUAUAGAGGAUCAAUACAUCGAAAUAAUAAAGAUUAUGUUAAUGCUUUGAAGGAUUUAGAUGGUUCAUUAAAGAAACAUCCUAAGAACAUUUUUGCAUUAUGUGAACGUGGUGCUGUCUAUAGAGAUAAAGGGAAUUUUAAAGAUGCUUGGAAUGAUAUCGAAAAUGCUCUGAAAUUGUCAGAGGAAAAUGAUGAUGAUUUAGAGUAA